AUGUACACUCACAAUGCGGUCGAUACGUUUGACAUGGUAAUUUAUCAUUUCAUGUUUUCAUCCCAAUCGAAAAGAGUUCAGGGCUCCGAGAGCUCACUAUCAUCUCUCAAUGAGAUACCAAUGGAAAUGGAUUUGACGACGGCCGGACCGCCAAUUUCAGAUGAUGAAACCGAAGUGGAGACCAAGGAGAAAAAGUUUUUCGUGUACGCCAAACGGAUUCUACCUCAUGUGGGAUUGGUGAUAUUAUUAUUUCUCUAUCUGAUCGCCGGAGCAUUUUUGUUCAGGUAUUUAGAAGCGCCAAAAGAACUAGAGACAAGGAAUCACGAAUUAACAACAAUACUAGGCUUACGAGAUGAGUUUCAAGAUCAUAUUUGGAACAUCACACAGGACUCUGAUAAUCGGAUAUCUCGUGAAGCAUUCAAUGCGAUCAACCAAGAAUACUUCGAGCAAUUGGUCAAAAACAUGUUCCAAGCUUACCGUAAUCAAUUUAUCACUGCCAAGCAUCUGCUCAACAAGACACGAGAAGAUGAGGUUUUAUGGACGUUUCCAAACUCAAUGUUUUUUGCGGCUACAGUAAUCACCACAAUUGGAUAUGGAAACUUGGUACCUAUCACUAUAUCUGGAAGAGUGGCUUGCAUCAUUUUUGCUCUUUUUGGGAUCCCACUGCUGCUUGUCACCAUUGCAGACAUUGGAAAAUUCCUUUCUGAGUUUCUGAGCUAUUUGUACAAAUCAUAUCGGGGAUUCAAAAGGAAGCUUCGCCGCCAAUCGAAAAAAAUAACCAGCCAAUACAGAUCGCAGUCUCAAUCAAGAUCAAGUUCAGUUAUGGGAUCUUCAAAAGCGGGAUCAAUGAAUCUCCACGACAUUGAUUCUGAAUCUGAAGAUUCAGCUGGAGAUGAAUUGAGAAUUCCGGUAUUCAUGGUUCUUCUUGUCCUUCUUGCUUACACUGCAAUUGGUGGAUUCCUUUUCCAGUCAUGGGAGCACUUGGAGUAUUUCGAAGCGUUUUAUUUCUGUUUUAUCACAAUGGCAACUGUCGGCUUCGGAGAUAUCGUUCCGAACGAGCAGGUUUAUGUGUUUUUUACAAUGGCCUACAUUAUCUUUGGACUAUCUUUAGCGACUAUGUGCAUUGACUUGGCUGGUACGGAAUAUAUUCGAAAAAUUCACUAUCUUGGUACCAAGAUGGAAGAUGCUAAGGGAGCGGUCAUGACUGGCCUUCAAGCCGGAGAACAUCUUCUCAAGCAUACUGGAAUCGAGGUUAUAAAGACUGCUGGCGGAAAACUUGUUCAAGUUCGUGGAGCAGUAUUAAGUUCCAAAGAAGCUCGAGAACUGGGAAUGAGCUAUUUGCUGCAAUUCAACUAUCAACACAAAAAUGUGCUCUAUGAGCCAUUGACAGGAAAUUUGGCAAAGGUGGUGAAGGAGGCAAACAUCAAGAUUCUACCAGACGAUAUCACGGAGAAAGAUGGCUACAUUGUACAGAACAAAAGUUACGAUCGGCCUGUGCUGGGUGAACGUGGAUUUGUGAGGCUCAAUGGUAACGCAAUCAAAAGAAUAAUGAUACCUUCGCGAAAUCAAGCUAUUUGUGUUCCUUACUUAAUUCAGAAAGAAUCAGAUGUAUGA